AGCCCCGUUUUUUAUAUAAGGCUGGAGAGGGUGUCCAUCCACCAGUCUCUCGUCUCAUCUAGAAAAGACGACAGAUAACUCCCUCGCUAUCUCGUUGACUCUACUUCUUUCCAUGAUUUGAGAGACGGAAUGGCAGUUGCCCUCUCCGCGUCUUCUUCUAGUCAUCAACAGUUCUCCUGUAGGACGUACACGUCAACUUCUCCCACCUAUACAACGAGGGGGCCCUCUUCUUGCAGUUCAGCCGACGUAUCCCCUUACUCUUUGCCACUAGCACCUCAGUCUACUACUGGCAGUAGUUUUGGGCGCUACCAAGAAGAGAGGAAAAUGGAGCGAAACACCACUUCUACACUCAGCCUCGAGGCCAUCGCAAGCUUUUUUAAACAAUCCGAAGAGGUCGAUUCCUUUGGCGAACUAUCACCUCCUCUUCGUUCGUAUGGUUUCUCUGCUAUGAGAGAGCAGAAUAAGCCCAAGAAGAGAAAGGCCCAAUCAUUCCCAAGGAUCAAUGCUACCACUCAACAGCAGUCAGCCCUAGUCCAUAGAUCUAAGCCUCCUGUUCGUAGGAGCAGGAGCGUAAGAUUUGCUGAUACACAGGGGCUCCCUCUAGAAAGAAUACGACCGUUAACCUCAGCCGAUCCGUUCCAGACUGAAGGAGAAAUCGUUCCUUCGCUGACUAACGACCUUGGAGCCUUAACGAUCGAUAAACCACCGUCACCUCAGUCUUCUCCCGGGACUCCAAAGAGAAACAACACGCAUAAAAACCACACUAGACAUUUCAAGUUCUCUCAACCCGGGACUCAACCACACUUCUAUCAAAGACUGCAGAGACUAAAAGUGAGCCUCGAGAGUAUAAAAUCAGAGAAUAGAGCACUCCACGGCAUUGUACGGACAUUAAACCUUAGCUACGAGAAGCACGUGUUUAUCAGAUGGACUCACGACAACUGGAAAUCCUACCACGACACCCUAUGCGUCUAUUGUCCAGGGUCAUCAAGCGAUGGACUUACAGACAGGUUCUCAUUCACAAUCCCAGUAAACGGCGAUGACAUACAAUUUGCUGUGCUGUAUAGAAUGCCUGACGGAUCCGAAAACUGGGAUAACAAUGACUCACAGAACUAUAUAGUAGUAGCUAGAGAAAGUUAGAGCCAUUUUAGUGAAUGUAUUGUAUAAAUGCUGUAUAGUUUCUUAAUCACACAACACUUUUCAUUUUCAUUUUAUGUUAUCCUCUCUCUCUCUCUUUCUGCCAGCACUACAUGAUGUGUACAUUAUCAAAUAUUAUUUUAAAUUUUCUGUCAUUCAGCAUUAUAGAAAUGAGAAUACUAGAAAACUGUCAA